AUGUCUGUAACUAAGGAAUCACUCGAGAAAACUCUCCGCGAAAAACUUGAAGCUGAGCACGUUGAUGCAACAGACACAUCUGGAGGAUGUGGCCAAAGCUUUGACGUUAUAAUCGUAUCAUCACAAUUUGACGGGAAGUCAUUGUUACAACGGCAUCGAUUGGUGAACGAUGCCAUAAAGGAUGAGAUUGCUCAGUUACAUGCCUUUUCACAGAAAACUUAUACCCCGGCUCAAUGGGCUGAACAGCAACAAAAAUCGUGA